UACUAACCACGAUCUCGGUUUUUCCCCUUACUUGACUAGGUAUCGCUCAUACUUGUCGAGCUGACACACAUGAAAGAAAGAAUCCAGGCCAGUACCCUCCUGUAGCACGGUGGCUUGAGCAGAGGUUCAUAACAAGGCGCAAAUACAAAGGAAUAGCUCACUAUCUCACUUACACCAAGUCUAUUAGGCUGGUCUCAUACCGAAUAGUGGCAGACCUACAAAGCAAUACACGAAUUAGAGUAAGGAAGAAUCGAAGAAUAGGGUCCAACUCGAUUCAACUUUCAAUUUUGUACUGAAGAUUGAGAAAAUCCUCUUCGCGAGCCGAGAAGAUCCAAUCGGGGCAUCGGUGUUGAUCCGACGAACUCCCCACUCCUCCGAGCAAGCCAACCCCACGUCUGGUAGAAGGAGCGCCUGACGGAAAAAGGACCAACAGAAAUAUGUACUCUUUAUCUUAAAUACUUAGAGAAUAGAAGGUUAAUUUAUUCUCAAAGAGACCCAUCAUAUCGUUUGAUAUCGUCCCGCUAUAUUGAUAGCAAUAGCAACAUAGUCUUCGUAUUCUUAUCAAAAUCUUUUUCUUCGAAGGAUGCAGCAAACCCAGUCACCACCAUCCAAACGCAACCACUCUCCUUCCCUCCUCCUCCAAUGCUCAGAGCUAGUCCUUUCAUGGCUGACCCCACAAGAACUCGCCACCAUCUCUCUCACCUGCUCCACCCUCCACACAAUCUCUAAGUCCAUCACUCUCCGCCGAGCCUCUGACGCCUCCAGAGCCUUCGAGAGUCAUCCCAUUCCAUUCCACAACUCCGUCGAUGAACACCCAUAUGCCUACUUCAUCUACACCCCAUCUCAAAUUCCUUCUUCCUCUUCUCAAUUUUUAGGGCGCCAAUCUUGGGGCUCCAGUUCUUCUGCACACAAAUCGAACUCGGUGGCUGGACUUGGAGUUCAAACGCUGCGUUUCGUGGACGAGUCGGGAGAGUGUGCGUAUGGGUGUGAAUGCGAGGCAUGUGGGGAAGAGGGAGUUGGGGGUGAUGGGUGUCCGUGUUUUGGUGGCUUUAACGACGUCGUUGCAGAGUGUGGGCCGAGUUGUGCGUGUGGGUUGGAUUGUGGCAAUAGGUUGACUCAGAGAGGGAUUGAGGUUAAGUUGACGAUUCUGAGGGAUGGGCGAAAAGGGUGGAGUUUGUAUGCCGACCAGUUCAUUCCAAAGGGUCGGUUUGUUUGUGAGUAUGCAGGUGAACUCUUGACAACCAAAGAAGCAAGAUUGCGGCAGCAGAUAUAUGAUGAGCUUGCAUCAGGUGGUCAUUUUUCCCCGGCUCUUUUGGUUGUGAGGGAGCAUCUGCCAUCCAGAAAGGCAUGUCUAAGAUACAAUAUUGAUGCGACAAGAGUUGGAAAUGUAUCAAGGUUCAUCAACCAUUCGUGUGAUGGUGGUAAUCUAUCCACAGCACUGGUGAGAAGCUCAGGUGCUUUACUCCCACGUCUUUGCUUUUUUGCUUCAAAAGACAUAAAAGAAGAUGAAGAGCUUACUUUUAGCUAUGGUGAAAUUAGGGAAAGGUCUAAGGGGUUGCAGUGCUUUUGUGGGAGCUCUUGUUGUCUUGGAAUUUUGCCCUCAGAGCAGACUUAAUUGUAGUUUUUUGCCUCUAGACUAAGUAGUCCUGUAGCUUGAAUUCUGUCUUUAUAGGAUAUGUAGGAGGGAAAGGAGCUGUUGGGGGCACAUUCAGGAUUGUGCAAUAAAUAGUAAAAAUGAAAAGGGGAAAGAGAAUGAGGAGAAGAAAAUAGCACCAUAAGUUUGUUAACUUAUGUAUAAUACUUUAACUGAAAUCUGUAAUCGGUUUAACUUGCAAUUUGCUAUUCGGAAUCGGAUGCAGAUGCAAAUUUUGCAAAGUUAACGGUGGGCCUGUGCUCAUGAGUUUCUUUUUCUGCUUUUAUAAAUGAUUCCUCUUGUUUUUUC